AUGGAAACCUGGCUCAUUAUCACUAUUCUAUUCCUUUGUCUUUCAAUAAUUCUCAAAACCAUUCGUAACAUUUUCUUCCCCCGUUGUCCCCUCCCUCCGGGGCCUCCAAAAGUGCACAUCACAAGCAACUUUAAAUUGCUAAGACAAUACACCGCAGAUACCAAAACCCUUCUUCAAAAUCUACAUGCCAAAUAUGGUCCAAUAUUCACUCUUCACAUUGGUUCUCACACAGACAUUUUCAUUGCCAAUAGGUUCCUUGCUCAUAAAGCCUUGAUCCAACAUGGCACCAUCUUCGCUGAUCGACCCAAGGGCCUUCCCACACAAAAGAUCAUUAGUAGUAACCAACACGACAUUCUUUUCAACUUCUAUGGUCCCAAAUGGCGCAUCCUUAGGCGUAACCUCACUUCAAGAAUCCUUCACCCCUCACAGGUUAAGUCCUAUGCACAUGCACGCACGUGGGUGUUAAACAUUCUUCUACAAUGCCUUAAAUCUGAUUCAGAUGCAAGCAACCCCACAAGGGUCAUCGACCAUUUUCGAUAUGGCAUGUUCUACAUGCUGGUUCUCAUGUGCUUAGGUGACAAACUCGAUGAGAAGCAAAUAAGGGAAAUUGAGGAGAGUCAACGUGGCAUGCUUUUGAGCUUUUCCAGAUACAGUGUCUUGAACUUUUGGCCACCAAUCACUAAGAUUUUGUUCUGGAAGAGGUGGAAGGAGUUCUUGAAGCUAAGAAGAGAACUAGAAGCUGUGUUGAUUCCUUAUAUAAACGCUAGAAGGAAGAUUAAGGAAGAGAGACCAAGCAAUGGUUCAGAUUAUGAGUUUGUUGUGUCGUAUGUGGAUACUUUGUUGGAUUUGCAAAUGUUGGAGGAAGAUGAGGGGAGCAAGCUUGAUGAUGGUAAAAUUUGCACCUUAUGUUCGGAGUUUCUGAAUGCUGGAUCAGAUACAACUUCAACAGCAUUGGAAUGGAUCAUGGCAAAUUUGGUGAAGUACCCUUAUAUUCAAGAAAGGGUUGUGGAGGAGAUAAGAGGGGUCAUGAUUGGUAGAGAGGAUAAGGAAAUCAAGGUGGAGGAUUUACAUAAAUUGGGUUAUCUAAAAGCUGUGAUUUUAGAGGGGUUGAGGCGUCACCCACCACUACACUAUGUGGCUCCUCAUAGAGUGACAAAGGAUGUGAUUUUGAAUGGUUAUUUGGUGCCUACUUAUGCCACUGUAAAUUUCUUGGUGGCAGAGAUUGGGAGGGACCCAACAGCAUGGGAUGACCCUAUGGCCUUUAAGCCAGAGAGGUUCAUGAACAAUGGAAGCACAACGUUUGAUAUAAUGGGGAGUAAAGAGAUAAAGAUGAUGCCAUUUGGAGCAGGAAGGAGAAUGUGUCCUGGCUAUAGCUUGGCAAUGCUGCAUUUGGAGUACUUUGUGGCCAAUUUUGUUUGGAAUUUUGAGUGGAAGGCCGUGGAUGGAGAUGAAGUUGAUCUGACAGAGAAGCUGCAAUUCACAAUGGUGAUGAAGAAUCCUUUAAAGGUUAAUAUAUUACCCAGGAAAUAG